UGAAGAAAGAAACUUGAAACGUGAAAAAGAGCGCAAGAGGCAGAAGAGGCCGCGUUGCUUAUAGGCAAAGAAGGAACCUUUGGCAAGUCUUGGGGAAGAAGACUCAAAUUGCAAAACGCGAAUAAUGCGCGCAAGAUUAGUAUUUUUGGGGUGCCCUAGGAAAUUUGCCAUUUGCCCCAUUUGCAAAUUGCAACUUCUAUACAUAGAGAAGAGAGGAGAGAGUUAUGGCCACGGCCAUGUAAAACUCUAAAUAUUAUUCAAAACACGUUCUACAUAACUGCCGUUUUGAUAAAGACAACAAAAAUGAGGUUGGCCUUUCACAACACAACCCACAACCCACAACAAGUUGAAGAAGGUGGUUGUGGCGGUGGUCUUUCUUCGUAUUCUUCUCUUUGAGAGGUCGAGGAUCACUCUCCACUACCGUUGAAAGGUGGGUGCUUAUUGGUGAGGAGCAGACAAGACAGCAUGACUAAAAUGAAGAGCAGGGUAUCACGAAUUGGAAGCUACGCAAUUGCAUCUUCCAAAAGAGACGGCCACCAUCAACAGCCUUGCAUUACGUGCACCACUUUCAACAUCCUGGCUCCAAUCUACAAGCGCCUCAACCAUGACGACCCCAAUUGUCGAGAAAGUGAUUACAGAGCGUAUUGGCUGGCCAGGAAUCAAAGGAUAUUGGAUUGUUUGUUGGCGGAGAGAUCUUCCAUCAUUUGUCUUCAGGAGUUCUGGGUAGGAAAUGAAGAGCUAGUGAAUAUUUAUGAGAAGCGACUUGGUGAUGCUGGUUAUGUCAACUUUCAGCUAGCACGGACCAACAACCGUGGCGAUGGUUUGCUGACUGCGGUGCAUAAGGACUACUUUAGAGUUGUAAACUAUCAGGAGAUUCUAUUCAAUGAUUGCGGUGAUCGUGUUGCUCAGUUGUUACAUGUGGAAUUAGCUACCCCAAUUUCACAGUUUCGAAACAAUGAUAUUAGGCAGGAUAUCCUCAUCGUGAACACCCACUUGUUAUUUCCUCAUGACUCAAGUUUGUGUAUAGUUCGAUUGCAUCAGGUCUACAGAAUCUUACAAUACGUAGAGUCUUAUCAAAAAGAGAACAAGCUUAAUCCCAUGCCCAUCAUACUCUGCGGUGACUGGAAUGGAAGCAAACGUGGACAUGUUUACAAGUUUCUUAGGUCCCAGGGAUUUGUAUCUUCUUAUGAUACUGCUCAUCAUUACACCGAUGCAGAUGCACACAAGUGGGUUAGCCACCGAAACCACAGGGGAAACAUAUGUGGCGUUGAUUUUAUAUGGCUUCUCAAUCCUAAUAGUUACCGCAAAUUACUAAAAACAAGUUGGAGUGAGGCGGUAUUUGGCAUGUUCAAGUAUCUACUACGAAAAGCUUCCCUGACAGAAGAUGAUGCCUUUGCCUUUUUGAAGGCUGAUAAUCCUGGUGAUUACAUUACCUAUUCAGGUUUCUGUGAAGCACUUCGACAGCUUAAUAUGACUGGUCAUUGCCAUGGACUUAGCCUUGAAGAGACCAAAGACUUGUGGGUCCAAGCAGACAUAGAUGGAAAUGGUAUUCUUGAUUACGCAGAAUUUCAGCAACGAAUUUGGAAUCCUACGGGAUCAGAGCAGAGAGAUGAAAGUGGUAAUGACUGUGAUAGUGGUUCCAAGGGAAAUCAAGAACAAACAAUUGGUUUCAGUGUCAAAAAUGCGGUUCUCUUCCCUCCUGAAGUGGAGAAAGGAACGUGGCCUGAAGACUACUCUCUUUCCGAUCAUGCACGACUCACAGUGGUGUUCUCACCAAUAAGAAUGCCAUGCUCUCAGAUGAUUCCCUGAUCAACCUCAGGUGCAGCGGAGCUUUGGUUUAAGACUUGUACAUAAAGAACCCAAAACCUGCAAACUGGAAAAGGUCAGUGGCUGCCAGAUCGUGGAGAAUGGAUGUAAAACCAGUUUUCUUCAGCAAAGAGAGUAAAAAGAACUUCGAUCGUAAAGCCAGAGAGAGAGUAAAAAGACCGUCGAUCGGGGUUCCCUCAUUUCUUCCUGUGCCCGUGUUUGAACCUUCUUAAUCUUCCAUAUACAAGUAGCUCCAGCAAACACACUAGAACUGGCCCUUUGAUCUGCAAUUGAUAAAUUGAACUAGCAUCUGCAUUACACUCGGUUCUAUAUUGCCUUCCAUUGUUGGCCAUUGAUGUGAAAAAGGAAGCUAAGAGUAACAAACAAAGAUUUGUGUAGCUGUGCAUUUGCAUAUGUGUCUAGAGAGUUGCAUAGCAGUGCAUAUGCGUAGGCUUGCAGCGAUCCCCCACUAUUUGUAGCAUGGUGAGAUGAGAUGUACCAAAUUAGAGGGUUUUUGUACUUACGGUGCAUUCAGCAUCAAUGUUAAUACAAUCAUAUCGCAACUGAUUUCGCUA